CUGGUCUUGUCUAAGCACACUGUAGCACCCACGCGCUGGACGGGCGCCGCUUAAGAUGGCAGCUUCUGUACGCCGGCUCAACCACGUUGCUUUUCAAAUUGCGCGGGGAGACCGGUUACCAAGCACAUUAACCGACAGAUUUAAGUUUGACUUGUUCGCAUCGAGGAUGACGGACUCCGUCAGACAGCUGGCGUUUAGAAAGGGCGCUGCGGUGUUUUUGGUGAACGAGCUACAGCGCGCCGUGCCCCCGGUGCCCGAUGGAACAGAAAACCUCCCCGAUCUUUUGUACGAUGCUCCGGUGCCACACGCGGUGAAUACAGCAUGCAACGCUUGCUUCGAAGUGGACAACGUAGAGGGGUCGUGUAAGCGGCUCCAGGAAAACGGCUGUCACGUGUUGGUGCCCCCUUUAGAGGUAGAAGAUCAGCGGGGAAAGGUGGUGUAUUGCGUGGUAAAGUCAAUCGUGGGUAACGUGCGCCAUACACUCCUCGAUCGCACUCGGUACACCGGUGACUUUCUGCCAGGCUUUCAGAGCAUUUCAAGUGAAGAGACUAAGAAGGAGGAUUCGGCAGGCACUUUUUUCGACCAUAUUACUUAUGCAUCUCCGAGGAAGAGUACGGGACAGGUGCUCCGCUGGUACGAGAAAAAUUUUGACUUCAAGAGAUUUCUCAUUAACAGACAUGAUAGUGCAGAUGAUGGCUUUGUCAUCAAUGGAGAUGGCAUGGGUCUUCGACUGACUGCCAUGCAAUACUGGCAAUGCAGCAAAGUCAGUCUGACUCUUCCAUCUGUUGAAAAGGAUGAACCUGACUGCAAAUUUGUCGUUGCAGAAUCCUUACCAGAGCAAGGUAAAAACCAAGUUGACACAUUUUUAGAACAUCAUCAGGGGGCUGGCAUACAACAUAUUGCCCUGUACACCAAUGAUAUUCUUUGCACAUCUAGAAUUCUCAUGGAAUCUGGAGUCCAGUUUGUGUCUCCACCACCUACUUACUAUAGUCAGUUUGAGAAAGCACAAGAGAUUCAGACGGCAGGGUAUGAUCCUCGUCUGCUCUCCAAGUUUGGAAUUCUUUUAGACACCGAAGAGGAACAUGCAAAAAAUGUGUUUCAUGUCGGAAGUCAAAAUGUGAAGGAUACACAAAGGCAUCUUCUGCAGAUCUUCACCAAGCCCAUCUUCCCUGAAAACACUUUUUUCUUGGAGCUUAUUCAACGGAGAGGAGCAUCUGGCUUUGGAGAAGGAAAUAUCCGUGCUCUGUGGAGGUCGGUGCAGGCUUACAUGGAUUCUCGGGAGUUAGCUGAACACUCAAGAUGAAGGUGUGGGCGAGCAGCAUAGCUGUAGUAUGUGCCUCUUGUAUACAUUAUUUUCAAGAGAAUACGGUAAAACACAUCACAGUGAGUUGUAAUCCGUAAUUAGUGAUAUUUUGCUUUAUGACUUCUUGUGUUUUUUUUAUCACGUACUGUACAUUUAUGGAUUUUGUGAGUAUAAUGCUGUGGUAGAAGCAACAUUAAGCAAAAUUUCAACUGGGAAA